ACUGCUGCGCCGGCCUUGCCCACGUUGUGUCCGGGCUCGUGCCGGAUUCGGCCGCGGCGAGGACCCGUCGACCUGUCCAGUCGUUGCUCGUCCGCCCAGCCAUGAGCCUCGCAUCGGGUCUCGCUCUGACACUAGGGCUCCUGCUCUGCGGGACUCCUCCGAGUACCCUAGGGGUGCCCAUCCCCGAGCAGGACUCCUCAGGCAAAGCCCCGGCUUUGACUAUUUCCCAGGGUCAGAUCACCGGCGUCUACCAGAGAACGGCUGACGGAAAUAAUUUUAUGGCGUUCUAUGGAAUACCUUACGCCAAGCCGCCGGUAGGAGAGCUGCGCUUUAAGGCCCCAGAACCAGCUGACAAGUGGGAGGGGGUGCUGGAGGCCCGGACCGAGGGCAACAUUUGCCCCCAGCCGAUGAAGCCCAUGAAAAGAUUUGCCGGUGCGACGAAAAAGAUGAUGGGCAUGAUGAAGAAGAUGGCCGGGCUACCUAACAUGCCCGCCUUCGCCGCCAAGCACAUGACCGGGAUGAAGGAAGACUGUCUGUUCCUCAACGUUUACUCGCCGAACCUCGCAGCGACGCUCGCAAUGGAGGAGUCUGCACUGAACGAGAUCAAACUGAACCCGGUGUUGGUGUUCUUCCACGGCGGCGCAUUCUCCGUGGGCAACGCCGACGCCAUGAUGUACGGCGCCGACCUGCUCAUGAGCAAAGGCGUCGUCCUGGUCACCGUCAACUACCGCCUCGGCCCGCUGGGCUUCCUGGCCACCAACUCUGCGGACGCGCCGGGGAACGCCGGCCUCAAGGACCAGCGCCUGGCGCUGCGCUGGGUGCGCGACAACAUCAAGGUGUUCGGCGGCGACCCCGACAAGGUCACCAUCUACGGCGAGUCGGCGGGCGCCUACUCCGUGCACAUGCACGUCCUCUCGCCCAGCUCGGCGGGGCUCUUCCGCGCCGCCAUCCUCUCCAGCAGCAUGGGGCCCGACGUGUACGGCUUCCAGGAGAACCCCGCCGCCGUCAGCGAGCGCCUGGCCGAGGCCCUGGGCGCGGACGCCGCCACGGUCGCGGACCCCGCCAAGCGUGUCGAGUUCCUACGAGGCGUCUCCGCGAAGGACAUGCUCAGCAAGAUGAUGGGCGCGGUCCAGGACUCGGACCUUAACUCCAUCUCGAUCGCCUUCCCGUGGGCGGUGGUGGCUGAGCCCGCCGACACCCCGGACGCCUUCCUGACGGCCAACCCCAACGACCUGCUGCAGAAGGGCGAGUUCAACCGCGUGCCGCUCAUGGUGGGCAUGAACAACCAGGAGGGCUCCCUCGUCAUUCCCAUGCUGACGGACGAGGAGCUGCAGAACAUGGCUGAGAACCCGGUCCGCUUCGUGCCCGACGCGAUGCAGAAGAAGUUGGACGAGGGCGGCCGCGCGGAGCUGGCCAAGAAGAUUGUGGACCUGUACUUCAAGGGGCAGCCCGUCGCGGAGGCCACCAUCCCCCAGCUCAUAGAGCUAUUCGGGGACGAGACGCUGGCGCACGGGAUCAACGUCGGCACCCGCUGGCACGUCAAGCACGCCACGCCGGAAGCACCCGUGUACGUGUACCUCUUCACCAUGGACGCGUUCGGCGGCGUCUCCUGGCUCCUGGGCGCCGAGAAGAUCAUCAAGGGAGCGGGGCACGGCGACGACCUCAGCUACGUCUUCCAACCACACCUCCUGGACGGCCUGGAGGUCCCCGAUCAGGCGAAGCUCGACCAGGGUCGCGCCCGGAUGACGCAGCUGAUCAGCGCCUUCGUCAAGGACAAGAGCCCGACCGCGACCAAGACAGAGGACGCUCCGGUGGACUGGCCGGCCGCGACCCCCGGCAACAUCAAGUACCUCGACAUCGGCGACGAACUGGUCGUCAAGGACGGACUCCCCUUCCCGGAGAGGAUGGCGUUCUGGGACAAGACGAGCAAAGAAGUGCUCAAAGAUCCGAUCUACGACGUGUAGAGUGUAGAGUGCGCGGGACUGUGCGUCGCGCGCGCCUAGAGGGUAGGCCACCCAUCUGACACAGAGGCAGACGUCAGGCCUCGCGCGAGGCGUCGAAUGGGUGGCCUAGCAGUCAGGGGCCGAGUCCUCGACUGGAUGAGCUCUCUCAAACCAAGAGGCAAGAUGUCAACCCUGAUCAUUUCCUUUGGGGCGCCCGCGCCCGAAUGAGAAAGCCAACGAGAGCGCCUUGUUAUAUUAUGAGGGAAAAGAGGCCGAGGCUUAACUAAAAUAAUUUUACGUACAUAGAAGCACAGAUGGGAGGCGGUCCCAAAACUUAUGAAAUAUAACACACUUUUUCUAAUAAAUUUUGUUUUUAAAAAUGAAA